UUUUCACAAUUUCCAUUUCCAUUUCCAUUUCCCUUCCCCUUUCCCUUUUUAGCUUUUUCACUUUUUUUCCAACAAAAAUUGAUUCCUAACUUUCUCUGUGGAUUUUGCACUCACUCUCCCUUCCUUUCUUCCCCCUCUCUGUCAUCCACAAUCGAAGUUUUCUUCUCUCUGUUGACGACGGACGGUGACUUUUGUCGGUGCUCUAAUCUUAUGCUUUUUUGUUUUCCGGCGAGUUUUCCGAUUCGUGGUGCAGAAUGGCUAAGCGUGGCUACAAAUUGCAGGAAUUUGUGGCGCAUUCGGGGAAUGUAAACUGUUUAAGAUUUGGGAAGAAGACGCGUAGACAGUUUCUCACUGGUGGAGAUGAUCAAAAUGUGAAUCUUUGGUCCAUUGGUAAACCAACAUCCACUGCGAGCCUAAGUGGUCAUACGAGUCCAGUAGAAUCUGUAGCUUUUGACUCAGCAGAGGUUCUAGUGCUUGCUGGAGCUUCAUCAGGUGUAAUAAAGCUAUGGGAUCUGGAAGAAACAAAAAUGUAGUGGUUCGCACUCUUACGGGACACAGAUCAUAUUGCACUGCCUGUGAAUUCCAUCCUUUUGGUGAAUUUUUUGCAUCUGGAUCUAUGGAUACUAAUCUUAAGAUAUGGGAUAUAAGAAAAAAAGGAUGCAUCCACACAUACAAAGGUCAUACUCGAGGAAUAAGUACCAUAAGAUUCUCUCCUGAUGGCCGCUGGGUGGUUUCUGGCGGAUUUGACAAUGUUGUGAAGGUAUGGGACCUAACAGCUGGAAAGCUCUUGCACGACUUUAAGUUCCAUGAGGGGCACAUUCGAUCCAUAGAUUUCCAUCCACUUGAGUUUCUUUUGGCAACAGGUUCUGCUGACCGUACCGUAAACUUUUGGGAUUUGGAAACAUUUGAAUUGAUUGGAUCGACCCGACGUGAGGCUGCAGGAGUACGAUCAAUCACCUUUCACCCCGAGGGAAGGACUCUGUUUUGUGGACUGGAUGAUAGCUUGAAGGUUUAUUCAUGGGAGCCUCUAAAGUGUCACGACUCUGUUGAAAUGGGAUGGUCGACUUUAAGUGAUCUCUGCAUACAUGAUGGGAAGCUUGUAGGUGGUGCUUAUUACCAAAACUAUGUUGGAGUAUGGGUUGCAGAUGUUUCGCUUAUUGAUCCCCAUGGAGCUGGUUUAACUCCAGAUAGACAAAGUAACUUGGAGCAGAAACAGGACCACGUGGAGAGUCGUUUAGAAAGAAUAGGAAGCAACAGAAGUUCUAAUUCGAAUCUUCGCUGCUCAUCACCUGAUAUUGAUUCCAAGGAAAUAAAGAAUAUAUAUGUGGACAGUGAAAAUCCUGUCACCAUGAAGAAAGUUACUUCUCCUUCUCCAAAAGUAGUUCCUCCUUUAGAUUCUAAGGAAAACAAGAAACAGUUGAGUCAGAAGCUUAAUUCUGUCGUUGGUUUACCUGCAAAAACUAAUGGAUUGCCAGUAGGUAAAUCAUUUGUUGUCCCCAGUGUGAUACCUCGUGAUAUUCCAGAGGAGAAGAACUUGGAUACUUGUAGAAGGGAAUCUAUUUCUGCAACCAGAGUAAGUAGUGGUAUAUCACAAAAGCCGUCUCACAUAAAGUGCCCAUCCAGCAAUAACUAUGAUAUGGAGAAGAUUUCUGUGGCUCUUCAGUCUGAAUUUGCAGACAACUUGCUGCGUACAGUAGAUUGUAAGAAGGAAUCAGAUAUUGAUAGCAGGCUUAUGGCAGAUAAUAAUUCCAGAGAACGUUCCGAGGCAAAAGAUUCAGCUGUCAAGCAUGGUGGAGAAAAGCUAGAGAAAACUUCAUUGCAACCACUGCUGAAUAGUCGGGAGAACCGUAAUGUGGCUUCAGAAGGCAGGAAAGAGUUGCAUCCAGUUAGAUUUGUAAAUGGAGUGGCGGUAGUGCGAGGAAGGACGCGCAGUUUGGUUGAGAGGUUUGAGAAAAGAGAAGGGUUGAACAUGGAUGAUGUCCAUAAGCUGGAUGCAGUGUCUCAUUCUAAAACUGAGGAAAGAGAUGUAUCCCCUUUGCCACCUUCUUGUUGUAAAGACGAGGAAGAAGAAACCUUUUCCAAAUAUUUUGAUGAGGAACCAGAAACAUCACCUUUGACAGCUUCUCGUUUUAAAACAGAGGAAGCAAUGCGCCCCUUGCCUUCAGCUCAUUCGAAAGUUGAGGAAGCAAAUUCAUAUUCUUUGCCAGCUUCUCAAUAUGAAGUUGAGGAAUUAGAAGCAUCCCAUAAGCCAGCUUCUAAGUUAAAAUCUGAGGAAGUAAGAAAAGCCCAUUUACCAGCUUCUCAUUCUGAAGCUGAGAAAUUAGAGGCAUCCCCUAUGCCAGCUUCUCAGUUUAAAUCUGAGCAAGUUAGAGAAUCCCAUUUACCAGCUUCUUGUUCUAAAGCUGAGGAAUUUGAAACAUCCCCUAUGCCAGCUUCUCAGUUUAAAUCUGAGGAAGUUAGAGAAUCCCAUUUACCAACUUCUUGUUCUAAAGCUGAGGAAUUUGAAAUAUCCCCUAUGCUAGCUUCACAGGUUAAAUCUGAGGAUGUAAGGAAGUCUCGUUUGCCAACUUCUCGUUCUAAAGCUGGGGAAUUAGAAGCAUCCUCUAUACCAGCUUCACAGCUUAAACCUGAGAAUGUAAGAAGAUCCCGUUUAUCAGCUUCUCGUUCUAAAGCUGAGGAACUGGAAGCAUCCCCUGUGCUUGUUUCUAAGUUUAGAAGUGGAGCAAGAACAUCCCGUUUGUCAGCUUUUCGUUCAAAAGCUGAGGAAGCUAAAACAUCACGAUUAUUAGCUUCUCGUUCUAAAGCUGAGGAGGCACAAACAUUGCGCCUGUUGUCUUCUGGUUCUUAUGCUGAGCAACCACAAAUUGCCCCUUUGCCGAAUACUGAUCAGCAGACUAUUGCACGGUGUGAGCCAGUGCAGAAUGAUGAUAUAAUUAUUGAAGAUCUUAUGCAAUGCCAUGAUGUACUGCUAAGUACGUUUAGAUCUCGUUUGACAAAGCUGCAGGUAGUUCGUCACUACUGGGAACGGAAUGACAUCAGGGGUGCUUUUGAGGGUUUGAGGAAGUUGUCAGAUCAUUCUGUGCAAGCUGAUGUUGUGAGUGUCCUCGUAGAUAAAAUGGAGAUUAUCACUUUGGAUUUGUUUUCCUUCUUGUUGCCUGUACUGUUGGCCUUGCUUGAUACUAAGAUAGAAAGGCAUGCAAAUGUUUCCCUGGAGCUGUUGUUGAAACUUGUUGCAGUCUUUGGACCAGUAGUUCGCUCAGCCGUUUCAGCACAUCCAUCUGUAGGGGUUGAUCUUCAUGCAGAAGCGAGAAUUAAGUGCUGCAGGCAGUGCUUUGCCUACCUCCAAGAUAUACAGAAAACACUUCCUGCACUUAUAAGGAGAGGGGGUCUGCCGGCAAAAGGUGCAGUACAAUUAAAUCUCCUACUUCAAGAAUCAUAGUCCAGUUUAUCAGAUAUGCUUUUCCUAAUGGCUAAAGCAAGACAACGGAAUGGGAAGUUAGCUAAUAUACCAUGUUCUCAAACUUAUGUCUCUUUAUGGACACCCACAAUUUUGCUCCUCGGGUUUCCAUCCUUGCUACCAUUUUCACCAACCUUGUAACAGCGGAAAACUAGCAAGAUGGAAAUGCAGUGUCUGUCCUCCGCCACUGCAACUGGUUUGAGAGGCAAAGGUAAAAACUCUCGAUAUAAUAUGACCUUUUGUUGGAGAGUAGCAUGGCUAUCUUCAUUCAGAUAUGCGGCUUGAACAUAUUCAAAGUUCCUGGCUGUAUGUAUCCAUCCAUAUGUAAGUUGUGUACAUGUAUCUGCAAUAGUAAAAAAAUGGAUGAGAUGUGUACAUCAUUUGAUCAAUGAAACAGAUAUUCAUACA